AUGAAGGUGACCUCUGGCACCGUCGACCUGCCUAAAUCACUAAGCCUCAUCGAUCACACCGCCCUGAUGCCACAACUUGAGCUUUGCGCACCUUAUUUGGCUCAAACUACACCCCAUAUACUGCUGCGCCAAACCGGCUGCAAAUCGCCUCUUCAGAAGACCGGAGAAAAUUAUUGCCAGAAAAAUUCCCCCAAAACAUCCUCACACCCGAAGACCUCGGGAUCCGCUUCCCGACUUCCGCCAAUCAAAAUAAAACAGCUCCGAGAGAAGGAUGGAAACACCACGUUAUGUGAAUCAUACAUCCAGAUAUUAUGUCAACCGUACUCUAUCCGCCUCCGACAGACACAAGAUCCUUCCCGAGACGAGCCUCCAGCCAUGGAACUGACGAAGACGAAGGCGGUCGCAGGCGGCGCCGUCGUCGUGGUGCUGAUCGUGGCCGCCGGGCUGGUCGGCCACUUCGCCACGCCGCAGACCACGUGUCAGGAGUUUCAACCACCCAGCACCACAACGGACACGCCCACCACCACCCAGGCCCCGCCCACUUUGGAGAACUACCUUCUGCCAACUUCUCUACAACCGAUUCAUUAUGACGUCAAACUUCAGCCUUUUGUCAAUGGGAACUUCAGCAUCAUGGGCCACGUUGAGAUCGAGAUGGUGGUCAGGGAGGGAACUUCAAACAUAACCCUACACAUGGCUGAUAUUACAGUGCGUGAAAACACUAUAAUGCUGAAGAACAAAGCAGACCUCAGUGCCAUACAGACGGCGGGCCACGAGUACGACGCCCCCAGAGAGUUCUUCGUCGUUCGCUUGGCCGAAGAGCUUCCCGCGGGCGCCGAGGUUGUUCUCUCCAUGGGCUUCGAAGGCUUUUUGAACGACGAACUCAGGGGCUUCUACAGGUCGACGUAUACGAAUGGCAACGGGGACCAGAUAAUGUUGGCAGCAACACAGUUCCAACCCACGGACGCGAGGAGAGCCUUCCCUUGCUUGGACGAACCUGCACUGAAAGCCACUUUUGCCGUGUCUUUGGCCCGCGAGGAACGCAUGUCCACGCUCAGCAACAUGAUGAUCAAGGCGACGGAACCUGUGGAAGGUCAGGCCGGAUGGGUGUGGGACCACUACGACACCACGGUCAAGAUGUCCACCUACCUUGUUGCUUUUGUCGUCUCGGAUUUUGAAUUCUUGAGUGCCAUGGCCGGCCAGACGAAUUUCUCUGUGUGGGCGCGCCCGGAGGCCAUGGAUCAGGCUGGCUAUUCCUUGGACGUGGGGGUGGAUUGCCUCACCUACUUCGAGUCCUACUUCAACAUCCCGUACCCCUUGCCCAAGCAGGACAUGGUCGCCCUCCCGGACUUCGCAGCAGGAGCCAUGGAGAACUGGGGCCUUAUCCUCUACAGAGAGACCGCCAUGCUGUACUCCUCCGCCGCGUCCUCGGCCUCGAACAAGCAGCGCGUGGCCGUGGUGGUGGUGCACGAGCUCGCCCACCAGUGGUUCGGAAACCUCGUGACGCCGACCUGGUGGACUGACCUCUGGCUCAACGAGGGCUUCGCGUCGUUCAUGGAGUUCAUUGGGGUUGACCACGUUGAGCCCACAUGGCGGAUGAUGGACCAGUUCGUCGUGGACACCUUACACUACGUCUUCGGAAUAGACAGCUUGGAGUCCUCGCACCCUAUCAGCAUCCCCGUGGGGCAUCCCGACGAGAUCAAUGAGAUAUUCGAUAGCAUUUCCUAUUAUAAGGGAGCUUCAAUUAUUCGCAUGAUGUACUUUUUCCUGACUGAAGCGACGUUCAAGAAAGGACUAACUACUUACCUCAACCACUUCGCUUACGACGCGGCCGCGCAGGACGACCUGUGGCAGUUCCUGACGGAGGCGGCGCACGAGGACGACACGCUGGCCGCCGACGUCAGCGUGAAGGACAUCAUGGACACGUGGACGCUGCAGACGGGCUACCCGGUCGUCAGGGUGGAGAGGGACGCGGCGGGGACGUCCGCCACGGUCACGCAGGAGCGUUUCCUCCUCCUCCCCAGCGCCUCCGGCCGCUCCGACGCCUCCUGGUGGGUGCCCCUGACGGUGACCUCCCAAGACGCCCCCGACUUCAGCCAGACGCGCCCCUCCGCCUGGCUGCCCGCGGGCGCCCCCUCGACCUCCCUCUCCGGCCUGCCCUCCGCCGACGCCUGGAUCCUCCUCAACCUGCAGCAAACCGGCUACUUCCGCGUCAACUACGACGCCAAAAAUUGGGAGCUUCUGACCAAGCAGCUGGCCGACGCCCACGAGGUCAUCCACGUCACCAACCGCGCGCAGGUCAUGGACGACGCCCUCAACCUCGCCCGCGCAGGACAGCUUCCCUACGACACGGCCCUUGGACUGACGUCCUACUUGGCGCAGGAGAAGGAAUACACGCCGUGGGAAGCCGCCAUGAGCAGUCUGUCUUACAUCGAGAAGAUGUUUACGCGGACGGCGGGUUAUGGGCCUCUGAGGGCCUAUCUCUUAGACCUCAUCACUCCGCUCUACGACGAUGUGGGCUUCGAGGACGACCUCAGCGGGCUGCACCUCGACCAGUACAAGCGCGUCUUGGCCUUGAGUUGGGCGUGCCACCUGGGCCACCCUCAGUGCGUGGCCGAGAGCCUUCAGCUAUAUAACAACCCCUUCACCCCCCCCCCCGCCAACAGCGCCGUCUCGCCGAACCUGAAGUCGACGGUGUACUGCACGGCCAUCGCGGGCGGAGGCGAGGCCGAGUGGGAGGCGGCGUGGGCGCUGUACCUCGAGGCCAACGUGGGCGCCGAGAAGGACCGGCUCCUGUCCGCCAUGGGCUGCACCAAGGAGAUCUGGCUGCUGUCGAGGUACCUCGACAUGGCCUUCACCGACGGCAGCGCCAUCCGGAGGCAGGACGCCCGCACCGUCUUCCGCGCGGUCGCCAACAACGACGUCGGGAGAUACAUCGCGUGGGACUUCCUCAGGAACAACUGGGAAGCCAUCUCCUCCUACAUGGGAGCUUUCACCUCCCUGGGCGACCUCAUCAGCUACGUAACCGCUGAAUUCAACACGAACGAGGAACUGCAGCAGCUGGAAUCCUUCUACGAGGCCAACCUGGACAACCUGGGCACCGCCACUCGAGCUUUCGAACAGGCCAUAGAAUCAACGAGGAAUAACAUUGGCUGGAUGAGCAGCAAUUAUGAGGCCAUCGUCAGCUGGCUCGAUGGAGUGGCGGAAACAAUGUGGAGAGAAUGUAAGGUGAAUGUGAAGGCGGUUAAAAUCCUGACUGGAUAUGAGGAGACGAAUAUCACUGACACAGUUGCCAACGAGGAUUUUCCGAGAACGCGAAGCAACAUUGCCAGGGAGCUUUCGUCAGUCACCUUUCAGAAGACGGAGGGGGAAUACGCAGAAUUCUCCGCUCUCCCUGAUUAA